AUUGUACUUCCCCUAGCGACUCUGUUAUUUAGAUAUGGCGGCAGAUAUUUUUCUGCAGAGUAAGCGAAGGCAGAGAGAGUGAUAAAAUGAAGGACCCACGGUAAAGAGAUUCAAUGGUAGCCAGUGUUGUUCAUAAACACACUCAUUGUGGAUGUAGUCAUGACCAAGAAGUAUCAGCAUCGAACUUCCUCUGGGGGUAAAACCACAAACAUCAAAACUUUGGAACAGCAGCCAGCAAAAUUUGCAACAGCAAUCUGUCCUCUGAACUUAGAAGAGCAGAAAGAGCGGUUUCUAAAGCAUGGAAGACUACCAAAGUUCGUUUUAAAAGGCUCUGAAGAAGAAAUUGAAAACUUGUACAACAAGGCUAGCAAUCAGAUCCGGUUUGACCUGUUUGGAGAAGCUGAGCAUAUACUUAAGGUUGUGAAGGAAAAAUAUGGGGAUGGUCAUGAUUAUUUGGAGGCUAUGCAUGGCAAGAAAAUUACAAAAGAUGAGGCGAAUAAUAUUCUCCUUGAUUAUCUCAAAGAAAACAAAUUAGAUGGAGCAAUGAGCAUUAUAUGGUGUACUAAUUUAGCUUCAAGUGCAAAAAUGAUGUGGGUCGGUCCUCAUGCUAAAUACAACAAACCAGAGGCCAGGAGUUACUCCUUCUGGAUAAAGAACACAGAUGAUAACAACUUCUUAAGAGAAUGGGGAAUCAGAUGUCUUGCAGACCAUGAAAUAGGAACACAUUUUUUUCGAUCAUUUAAUGAUGGCUUGCAGCCCUGGUUUAUGGACAGGAAGAGGUUCGGAGUUCGGGGUCUGGGGAGUUUAGAACAGCUGCGUACAGAGGAGGGACUGGCCUGUAUAAACACUGUACUGAAUGCCAGAGUACGGUACCUCUGGAGCUCAGCACUGCAGUACUAUGCGGCCUGCAAAGCAGCCGAGAUGACCUUCAAACAACUGUUUGAUCACUUAGCUAUGUUUGUCAAGAGUCCCGAUCACAGAUGGCGCCUCUGCAUGAGAAUCAAGCGAGGACUGAUAGAUCCAAAUGAUUUAGGAGGAUAUGGAAAAGACCAGUGCUAUUUUGAAGGUGCAGUGGAAAUAUUACGCAACAUAGACACCAUAGAUUUUCAAGUUCUGAUGUGUGGGAAAAUGUGUGUGGAUGAAGUGAGCCGUUGUAAACGAUUAGCAAGGCAAGACUGUCUACGUAUGCCAGCGUUUAUGAAAAAUGAGACAAAAUACAAAAAGAAUCUCAAGGCUAUUGCAAAUUUGAAUGGCUUGAAUACUGUUCGACCACGUGUUCAUCCCCCAUUAGCUUAUAUACAACGUCUAAAACGGGGGCGAAGAAUUGGCCCUGAAAACUCUCGUAAGGUGAGAAAAAAGUAUAGAAAGGGGAAAGGUAAUAAAUUUCGGGUUAAGGGUCAAAGUUCAGAAAGUUUUUCAUCUGAAGCCACAGAGAGUGAAUGUGAGGAGGGUAGUUGCACUAGUCUGCGUUCUAAGGCUGAAGUUCAGGAGGCAUCUGAAGGCCAGAAGAAGAGAUUUUUGACCGAGUCCAGUGCUGAUAGUGGUAUUUCAUCUGAUCUUGACCUCCCUCAGCACGAUGCAGGUCUAGAUCCCUUUGAAGCUAAACUAGAAGAAUCUUGUAAUAAUAAUGCCAUUUUUAAUGAUUUGCCUCAAAUUUGUCGGCCAUCUUGUUCGUCAGCUGGUUCCCUGACUGGAUCCAUUUGGAGCCUGAAGUCCGUAACAACCAACACAAACAGCAACGUCUGCACCACCGUCAUCCACCAGGACCAGGGACCUGAGCAGUGGAGCAGCAGGUCUGAGGUAACGCUGCAGGCCUCGUGGUCUGAAAGUCGAUUGUCUGGCUUUUCUUUUCUAACUGACUUUGGUGUGAAAAAGUUGAAGUCUAUUUACCCUGGCUCUGUUUAUAGAAAUUCAGAUUCUCCAGAAUUGUGCUCUAAUGUGGUCAGAACUGUUUGUGAAUCGGGUAGAGAAAAUUUCAUAUAUCCUGAAAAAUAUAAUCUAUUAGACAGUUUAGAUAACAUUCGAUCUUCCAAAUCUGUGACAGAAAAUGCAUUUACAUCAUGUGUUCAGAAUCAGAGUCUAUUCUCAGACUCCUCUUCUACAUCCUCCAAAUUAUUAACAAGGCGGGCAAGAUCAGCUUCCAAUAGAUUACAUUCUAGUCCUAAAAAUAUAGAGCCAAAAUAAUUAUGGCAGCAUACAAUUCUGGAGAAAAAAAAAUGAAUUGAUACACUCUAAAGGGAGACCACUCCACAUUUCAGAGUCACAAGAUCUUGAAUUUUUAUAAUUUUUGUGAGCAUUGUUGAACUUAACAUUGCAUGGCUGUGACAGUGAGAAAAUGUCCACAUUUAAUCACUCUGAAGUGUUUGGGUUUCAUUUAAUUGUUCAGUUUUAUCAUUGUCUGAAAUCAAAAAAUCUUGACAUUUAAUAAUUUGCAGCUACUUUUAUACACUGAAAUUUUAUUUUUCAUUUCAAUUUAAUAUUUUGCCCUGUUUUCAUAAUUUCAUCAUUGAACAUGUUUUUAGCAGGAACUGUAGUCUAGUCAUUGAAAAUGCAUUUCUUUCAUUUUUAAAUAUAUAUAUGUAUAUAUUUUCAAUAAUGGCAGAUGGUCAGUAAAUGUCCCCAUCAACAUUAAUUUUGUUUCAGAUUGUUAACAAAAGUUAAACAAUUCAUGGUAGUUCACACGUUUUCCCUUUUCUUUCAUUAAAAAAAAAAGGAUUCUGUUUUUCCCCCUCCAUAUUUAAGUUGAAAAUUAAAACCCCUUUCAUUUUUUUUUA